AUGGUCAAUGACGCGACCGAGUUUAUACUGUACAGCGUCAUCAAGAAGGGGCAAGAAGUCCAUCUAGCGGGAUUGCUUAUGGACCUCGCAUUGCUCUCGAGGGAACGGCGCAAUAACGAGAUCAUCGCGGUGUUGGGACUGAGCCCGGCAGCCCCAGCAUCGUGGUACGUUGUGCACCUUGAACACAUUUUGUCCUUCAAGAAGGCCUCAUUCACCUGGCUAUAUGACCCUGUGAGCCUCGGUACCAGUGCCAAGCAUCACUCUUGA